AUGCCGACCACACGCAGCAAAGGCAAGGGCAAGGCCACAGCCCCGUUCGAGCCUGAACCUACAGAGCAGGACCCGCUCUUACCAUCCAGCAUCAAUGCCCAGAUCGCCGCCGAUCGUCGUCCCUUCUCCUCCCCCCGAUCCCGCAAGGUCGGCCAUAUCCUCAUCGCUAUCGGUAUUGUCCUCCUCUCCCUCCUUAUCGGUAUCGGGAUCCUCAUCGCCCUACUCGCCAACUCAUUCAGGCCGUCCGAGGCCGAAAUUGCCGCGCUGUCCAAGACGGCAUUCAAAUACGAUCCCAAUCCCAUUUCGGUGUCGUUGUUAAAUGUCACGGAGGAUGGGGUGCUCAUCAACGCGACGAUCCUGUGCGGAGUAGACCUGGAUCGGGCGAUGGGGAUUCAGCGCUUCGAGUCGGAGGAAGAGCGGGAGGCGGCGGAACAAAGAGGGGAGAGGGGGACGGGCGCGGUGUGGUGGGAGAAGCUGAGAAGGUGGGCGGCGGCUAAGGGGUUGGGAGGGAUGUCGGAUCGCAGAGCAAUCGUCACUAUGCCGAGCGCUAUCAACAUCUUCGCCAAACACUCCCGCUCCGUACCGCUCUUCGCGGUCCACAUCACCGAGCCGAUGGACGUCCCGAUGGUCUCGGGCGUGCAGGACAAGCAGGACUGGAUGCGGCCUAUGGCGGUGUUGGUACUGGCGAAGCCGAAGGCGUCUACGGGCGAGCUCAUGGAGUUUGGGCAGCGAGGCUGGGCAGAGGGGUCCAUGAGCGUCGUGGUGGACGUCAAGAAGGCGGUGGUCAACUUGCCGGGUCUGACGGGAUGGCUGUCAAAGUACGGCACCAUCGAGAAGAAGGGGAUCGUCAUGGAUGUGGACGUACCCAUACCGCACUAUCCCGGUCUUCCCGAACCUGGUCGCCCUGUCGACUUUGCCAAACUCGUCAAUCUCGAAGGGUACCACCUGAACAAUAACGGCGAUGCCCUCGAGAUCCACGCGGGGGCAAGUAUGCCAAACUUCGCCAAUACCACCACUCUCAAUCUCACCAUCCCGUACGGUCUCCCAUUCUCGGUCGUCAUCCCCAGCCCGGACGGAAGCGGGGAGAAAUUGCUUUCCGAGGUGAUCACGGAGCCGGUCAUCCUGGACUACACGGCCAAGGAUAUCAAACUCCGGAUGUCGGGUCGGAUCAUCAGUGAUCCCAGCGAGGGCGACUCUCCGCUCGGUCCCUUUAUCCAUAACUACCUCACCGGGAUCGAUAACAACAUUACCGUUCGGGGAAUGGCCAAGUACCCCUCCUUCACAUCCAACACUACGGAGAGACCACCUCACUGGGCUUUGUCUUCCCUGAAAUCCAUGGAGAUCAAGCUCGUCAUCCCCGGUCCAUCCCCUCCCCCUAAAAUCAUCAACUCGAUGUCGCUCGAGCACAUGCGGAUAUCCCGCUCGGACGGUGAGACCAAGGCGUCGGGGACGGUCAACGUCGAGAUCGAUCUCCCGGGGGAUAUAGGGAGCAUCGAGGUGGAUGUGGAGAAGGUGUUGCCGGAGGUGUACAUGUUUGACGGGCCGGUACAAGAGGGAAACGGGGAGGAAGAGUAUCCACCAGGCGCAUUCGGGCAUAUCAAACCCUCGGAAUACCUCAACUCGACCACGGUCAAGGGUCUGGAUCCCGAGUUCCCCAAUCGGCUUACGGUCCGCGCUCCCCUGAUCGACGUACCGGUCGAAAUCCUUCCCGGGCGCAAAUCGCUCUUGGCGGACUUUGUGAGGAAGGUGGUCUUUAAGGGUGGGGCGAUGGCAGGGGUGAAUGGCUCAGCGAGCGCGGUGAUGAAUAUGAAGGGAAUCGGAGGGAGGGUGGUGAUUGAUGGUCUACCGAUCAGGGGGGAGACUUGGGUGGGGCGGCAGAGACUACAGGGGAAGAGCAGGCUGGAGGUGGAGGAUUAG